GCGCCGAGGGCAGGACCGACUUCCGGCAGCGCUUUCUCGGGCGGCCGGCGAUGGGGAAGGUCCGGCGGCUCCGCGCCCGCGUGCACCAGGCGGCCGUGCGGCCCGCGGGGGAGGCGGCCGGGCCCGCGCCCCCCGCCCCGGAGACUGCGCUCCCGCUGGUGUCGGCGGGCGGAGCCGGGGGCAAGGACUGGGCGUUUGUCCACGCUGACAUCUUCGCCAAGACCAGGAUAGAGCCCAGUGUGCUGGUGCAGAGCCUGGAGCUGGACCAGAGGAGCGUGGUGUCCGUGCGGAGAGGUGCCGAGGUCAAGACCAUCCUACCCAAGAAGGAGAGGCUGAAGCUACGGCGCCAGCGCUGGCUGCAGAAAAUUGAAGCCAUCAAGCUGGCCGAGCAAAAGCGCCGUGAGGAGCAGAAGCGCCGGGCCACUGUGGUGGUGGGGGACCUGCACCCGCUGAGGGAUGCCUUGCCCACGCUGCAGGAGCUGGAAGCCAGCGGCCGGCCACGCGCCAGAGGGCAGAGCAGGAAGCCCCGGCCAGCCGAGCUCAGCCGGAUGAAUGCGGCCCAGAGGCAGCAGCUCCUCGAGGAAGAACAGAGCCGGUUCCGGGAGCUGCUGGCCAGCCCAGCCUACAGAGCCAGCCCCCUGCUUGCCAUCGGGCAGCAGCUGGCCCAACAGCUGCAUGUGGAGAACGGUGGCCAGCUGUGACCUGUGUGGCCAGUGUGGUGGCGGCUCUGCAGGACACACACAGCUGCCCACACUUGGAGAGGAAGUGCACGCUGACACGUGUUCUCACGCACACG